CUGGACUGUUCUCUGGUCUUUCUUCCAACAUCUAUUUCCCAGCUCUCGAUACGAUUGCACGGGUAAGUGCUAUUCAUUCUCUCGGAGUCCUCGGAAACUCUCUAAUUCACAAAAUUUUCAUAGGAUCUCAAUGUCAGCUCGCAGAUGGUUUCUCUGACCAUCACAUCCUACUUGAUCAUCCAGGGCAUCUCCCCGCUGAUCUGGGGCUCGAUCUCGGAUGCUCUGGGCAGAAGGCCAAUCUACAUCGCCUCGUUCGCCGUGUACAUCAUUGCCAACAUCGGACUCAGCUUCUCUCCCAAUUUCACAGUUCUUCUGAUCUUCAGGGGCUUGCAAGCCGCCGGAAGUGCCUCCACCGUGAGCAUUGGAAACGGCGUAAUCCAGGACAUUUCACCCCCAGCCGAACGGGGAGCCUUUAUUAGUUUCUACCAGGCGAUCCGAAACUUCAGCAUAGCAGUCGGGCCUGUGCUCGGCGGCCUGCUCGCCAACUUCCUCGGGUUCCGGUCUAUCUUUGUCUUUCUCCUGAUCCUUUCUUCUAUAGUCACCUUGGUGAUUGUGUUUUGGCUGCCUGAAACCAUGCGGAGCAUUGCCGGGAACGGCUCGCUUCGUUUAGGGGGCAUUUACAAGCCGAUCGUAUGGUACCUUGGCAAGGAGCCAGACUACCUGGAAGACCCGGAUGAACCCAUCCCGCGGAAGAAGGUGACAUUGAUGACCUUUAUCGAACCGUUACGGCUGUUGAUUCAGAAGGACAUCUUAAUCAACUUGGUAUUUGGUGGCGUGGUCUAUACCAUAUGGACUAUGGUCACGUCAAGUACCACCAUCCUGUUCAAGGAGUUGUUUGGACUUAGUGACCUGCAAACUGGUCUCGCAUUUCUACCUAAUGGACUUGGAACUAUUGUUGGGUCCGCAAUCGUGGGCAAGCUAAUGACAAAAGACUAUCUCGAGGCGGAAGAGAAAUACAAGACAUCUCAUAACAUAACAGGAACAGAAAAGCUCUCAGGAAAGAACAUGCCCGCCGAAUUCCCCAUAGAGCGCGCUCGCCUCCGUCGUCUUCCAUGGAUCGUCCUCAUCUUCGUCGCUUCCACUGGCGGCUACGGCCUAUCCCUCAACUUCCCCUCCACCACCUCCCGAUCAGGCUGGAUCGCAGUCCCACUCGUCCUCCAAUUCUUCAUCGCUGCCACCAGCAACGCCGUCUUUGCCCUCAACCAGACCCUUGUCACCGACCUGUGUCCCGGAAAGGGUGCUAGUGCCACCGCGAUAAACAACUUGGUUAGGUGCGGUCUGGGAGCUAUCGGCGUAGCAUUGGUAGACAACUUUGUUGCUACCACGGGACCUGGCGCCGCGUUCUUGGGCCUGGCCCUCGUCACGGUUGCUGUUGGGCCGUUGGCGGUGAUACACUGGUACUGGGGACAGACCUGGAGGGCGGCGAGGAUGAGGGAGAAGAGCUCGAACAACGAGAAGGCAUGAGGCCCCAAGGUCUCUGCGUUGCAUUAGUCGUCACACAUAGUGGCUUGGUGAGGCCGUGUCUGUGACGCCUACCGGUCGAUGCAUUAUCACAAGUCUGUAGCGUUGAGCGUGCAUGAUUUGGUGAUUCCGCGAAAGGGAGUUUUACAUCAUAGUUUGGCCACAAAAAAGCAGGAUAGAACUACAUAGAACUACAUUUACAAGCAGUAUUAGACACCGC